AUGGACUCUGGCGUUUCGUCCAGAUUCAUUCGAUCGGCCAACGCCCAAGACUAUAGGUUCAAACAUCUCCUAGGGGCUCCUGCCAUCACGAGAGCCAUCGAGCAUAUCAUUGGGAAGCACGAAGAAUACGAGGACACGACAAAAUCGGACCCGACGAUGAAGAAUAAUCUCCCGUUCCAGAAGAUGCAACCGGGGAUAGAUGAUCCUGGUGUCUACUACCAAUACGAGCCCGAGAGCAUGGGCUUCUCCGAUCCAUUCGACCGACAGAUCCAGACGCAGAGUUUUCACGAUAAUCCCGCAUUCGAGGCGGACGACGUGGAGGUGUAUCGACGAGAAAGCGUCCCUCGCAGAUCCUCGCAAACGCAGUCUUCCUCCCAACCCGCCUAUUCGCCGAUCGCCAGCCAUCAUUUGGGUCCAAAUGGCUCAGUUCCUGAUGAGAUCAUGAAGGCAAUUCAUAAGAGGUAUCUGAACCUGAAGAGAUACAUCGGCGGACCUAUGACAACCUAG